AUGCAUCCACUCCUCAGAAAUCUGAUGAUGGCGAUCCCCAGCCUGGGUACUCGCCGUGGGUACUCCAGGAUUCCACAAUCACCGGAAAUACCUCUUCUGGGGAGUCCUCAACACGGAGUGAAUAGUCUCCUUCGUCUCCCACCUCACAUCCUUGAGACAAUCCUGAUGCUUCUACCUCUGCCAUCCCGUGCUUGUCUGGUCUUGACUUGCCAUACACUUUACCGAGCCUACAAAUUGAUCAUCCGAGAUCCCCAACUUCGAUUUCCCCGACUGUUAGCCAACAGAAAUCCUUAUAUCAGCUCGAGCAAUCCGGGAGUUCCUCGCAACAUCCUCUUGCACCAACUUCAGAACCAUCACUGGGCCUACUGCUCGGGAUGUCUCAAGCUACACCCGUGGAACGAAAUGGAGGACAUGGAUUACCACACGACCAGGGGGGAGUUGCCGGAUGCCCGCCUCCGCCAUCUCUGCAACGCACGAGCCGGUAUUGUCGAUCUCUGUCCCUGCAUCAGCCUCACUGCUCGAGAUAAGUUUCGCUUAGUCCGGUACCUGGCCGGCACCGCGGAAGACAAAGACCGUCAUCAUUAUCCGGUUGAAAUGGAUGAAAGAUUCAAACUACGGCGUACACUGGACGGCGAGCGGUGCCUCGUGCACCGAUGUGAGAUUCGCGACCACCCGCAUGUAUGGAUCCGUCUGGAAGUCGCUCUCUAUCUGUGUCCAAAUCACAACGGAAUCAUGAGCUUAUACGCUUCUACGGCUUACUACGUCGAUUUAUGGUCCCCGGCCCGCCCGGAUGCGAUGGGCAAGCACAUCAUUGCAGCCUCGGAAAUGAUUGAGACUACUUCCGUCACGGCUCCUCCUACUACAGGGAAGGGCAAUGCUCCUCCCCCCAGCCUUCCGGACAUCUCUCCAUCCGAUAUGCAAAAGAUUCAGCAACGGUACGCCGAAGAGCGCGACAAGCGUCGGCGUCCCGAGGGCCUAUCGCAGUACAUCAGCCUGGCCUCGACCGAGGACCCUCAACUGAAACGUCUCCUGCAUGAUCUGUGGGACGACGGGACCGCUCCCUCUGUGACCCUGAAGGAAGGCGCCCGCUUCAAGGUUGUCAUCAUGGGCGCCGGGUUCGGCGGGCUCCUGUUCGCCGUCCGAUUCCUCCAAACCGGCUGCUUCCGCCCGGAGGAGAUUGUCCUCGUCGAUGCGGCGGCGGGCUUCGGGGGCACGUGGUACUGGAACCGGUAUCCGGGACUGAUGUGUGACAUUGAAAGCUACCUCUACUUGCCCUUGCUCGAGGAGACGGGAUACAUUCCCAAGCAGAAGUAUGCUUCCGGGGAGGAGAUCCGCAAGCAUGCGCAGCGCAUCGCCGCGCACUGGUCGCUGGAGCACCGCGCCAUGUGGCGAACGCAGGUGAAUCAGUGUUCCUGGAGUGAUGAAGCGGCGGAAUGGACGCUCGAGAUGACUCAAUUCCCGCCUCCCUUGCACGGUGAUGCAACCAAACCCGAUCCUUUCUCAGCGACCGUUCAUGCAGACUUUGUGAUUCUCGCACCUGGGCCACUGAACAGACCCAAGGUGUCGGAUUUCUCUGGCUUCGGUUCCUUCCAGGGCUCCCGUUUUCUGGCCUCGCGGUGGAAUUACGAUGUUACUGGGGGCAGUCCCGACGCUCCUGUCUUGAGUAAAUUGGAGGGUAAGCGCGUUGGGAUCAUCGGGACCGGCGCAACUGGCAUCCAGAUUGUUCCAGAAUUGGCCAAAUCGUGUCAACAGUUGUAUGUCUUCCAGCGGACACCCGCGCAGGUUGGUGUGCGAGCCCAACGCUCUACGGACCUAGAGGAGUGGACCAAGAAAGUCGCCACGGGUCCCGGCUGGCAAAUGGCGCGAUUCCGCAACUUCGUUUCCUUUACGUGUGACACGCAGCCUCCGCCCCAGGUCGAUAUGGUGGCAGAUGGAUGGACCAGCUUUCGUUCUUUGCAGGUCCUCGGAGGCGGAGGCAGUCCGGUCAGCAUGGAGGACAUCCCCGCUCAUAUCACGAAGAUGCACGCUUUUGACCUACCUCGAUCCGAGCGCAUCCGGGCCCGCGUCGACGAGAUAGUUCACGAUCGGACGGCCGCCGAACAGCUGAAAGCGUGGUAUCCCAGCUGGUGCAAGCGACCCUGCUUCCACGACGACUACCUGCCAACAUUUAAUCAACCGCACGUGCGACUGGUCGAUACCAACGGGAAAGGGGUGCAAGCGAUCACAUCCACCGGAGUGGUAGCGAACGAUGAACAGUUCGAUGUGGACGUCCUGAUCCUCGCCAUGGGAUACGAGGUAAAAGCGCUCGAGAGUCCCGGGGCGCGAGCUAGGGUCUCGGUCUUCGGACGUGCGGGUCGCAGUAUGGACGAGAAAUGGGCGCAAAGCCCCUUGACGCUUCAUGGGGUCGCCACCAAUGGCUUCCCCAACAUGUUCUUCUCGGGCGUUGGCCAGACGAGCUUUUUCCCUGUGUACACGGCGACACUGGACACCUGUGCCAAGCAUGUGGCCUUCAUCAUUUCUGAAGGUAUCAAGCGGCAUGGUAGCGGCAAGAUGACUAUCGAAGGUACACAGGAUGCAGAAACGGCUUGGGCGCUGCAAGUUCAGGCCGGUGCUCCGGCCCUGGCAGCCAUGGCGGGUUGCACCCCGUCGUAUCUGAACGCGGAAGGAAGCCUGGAAGGCGUGUCGAUGGAGGAUAGAAUGAAGUUGGCGGCUUCUGCACGGUGGCCGCACGGGAUGAACGAUUGGAUGAACGUUUUGGAGGAGUGGCGGGAUGCUGGUUCCUUGGAUGGGCUUCAGAUUAGUGUCGUAUGA